AUGGUGAAUCUAGGCGAUGAAUUUCCAAACUUUGAAGUGAAUACGACCAAAGGGAAGUUGGAUCUUCAUGCAUACUUUGGCAAGUCGUGGGGCAUCCUGUUCUCCCAUCCGUCAGACUUCACCCCUGUCUGCACUACAGAGCUGGGUACGAUGGCCAAAAUGAUGCCCGACUUCGAAAAGGCCAACGUCAAGGUCGCGGGACUGUCUUGCAGUUCCCUCGAAUCGCACUUCGGAUGGAUAAAGGACAUCCAAGCCUUCCACGGUCUGAAAGGAGACUUCCCAUUUCCAAUGAUUGCGGACGAGUCUCGAGAACUGGCCGUCAAGCUGGGCAUGGUGGACCCCGUGGACAAGGACAGCGAAGGGAUACCUCUCACCUGCAGAGCGGUAUUCAUAGUGGGACCUGAGAAGAAACUCAUGCUGUCGAUGCUGUAUCCCGCCACUACAGGACGGGACUUUAGCGAAAUCCUCAGGGCAGUAAAAUCUCUGCAGCUGACGGUGACAAAGAAAGUGGCAACUCCCGCAAACUGGCAGCCUGGUGGUCCAUGCAUGGUGAUACCUGCAGUAAAGGACGAGGAAAUUCCUUUGCUCUUCCCUAAAGGAGUCACUGUGUACAACGUCCCUUCUGGAAAGAGAUACCUUCGGAUGACGCCCCAGCCGGAUGAAGAUUAG